AUGUUGACAUGCUAUGGUCCAAAGUUCAGAAAUGAGAAUUCGGAUAAUGAUACAGUGAUUGAUGCAGUCGCGGCGAAUGCCUACGUGGAGCAGUUCGGCUUGGAGGUCUUUAACCGGGCGGAUACAACCAUGAGGGCCAACAAAGUGACUAGGCAAACUGCAGACACUUUCCAGGCUGCCGCUACUUUUCUUGAAUUGUGUCAAAUUUGGAACCCCCUCGAACCCGAAAUUGCUGCGAAAAUCAAAUUUGCCAAGUACCAUGCACUGAGAAUUGUGAAGGCGAUCAAGGCCGGAGAGGAUCCUAACGCAACAAAUCCAGUCAUCAAGGAAGACCACCAGGCGGAAGGGCCGGCAGUAACGGUGGAGGAUCUCGAGGCACAACCUGGUGCAGCUCUUGCGUCGCAAACGCGGCAACCAACUGUGGAGGAGGUCCCUGAUGAAUCGGAGCAUGCGGCAAGAGCUAUGGUACAGCAGUCAUUGAUGGACGACUCCUUGCACCCGUCGAGAUCCUCAUCUGCUACUCGGCCGCAGCGUACAGGUGAUGCAUUUAGCAUACCCGAUGUGCCAACAAGCGCCCCACGGACACCUGCUCCAGAAACAGGUCAUGCUGCCGAGCAAGGAUCGACCUUAGAACUUCCUUCAGCUCCAGCGACUAUUGCCUCUUCGUCAAUCCCGAAUCUCCCAGACAAAUCUGCAAGCCUGGGCGCUCACCAUCCCGCUGAUCCCAACUCUAAUUCGUUCCAUUCCUUUCCUCCACCUGCCAACCUUCCAAGUCCUCCAGCUGCAUUCAACCAGCCCAGCCAUUUCUAUAAUCAACCCAAGCCAAGCGCCUGGGCUCCUUCACCACCUGCACAACCCCAUACAGAACCGGCACCAGUGGUUUCGCGGCCGGUCCAGCAGCCAGCAUCAGCGGCUGUACCCACAGUCUCGGCUUCAAGUCAAAGCAAUUCGCAGGGGAUAGAUGAAGAGGCCAUUGCCCUAGCGCAAAAGCAUGCCCGUUGGGCCGUGUCCGCCCUGACAUUUGAUGACGUUGACACAGCGAUCAAAGAACUCAGAAACUCGUUGAAAUAUCUGGGGGCAGAGUAA